CCAUACACAAACCAAGCGCUCAUGGACUUCCUCAACAGCUACCUCCCUACCACCAUCCAAGACAGGCCAUUUGUUACGCUAACAUAUGCCCAGUCGUUGGACUCGAGGAUCUCUUCAGGGAUCGGUCAAAGAACCGCCAUCUCUCACGCUGAAACAAAGGAGAUGACACAGUACCUAAGAUCACAGCAUGAUGGGAUCCUCGUUGGAGUGAACACCGCGCUGAGCGAUGACCCUGGGCUGAACUGUAAGUUGUCACUGGCUCAGAGCCCUAGGCCCAUCAUCAUAGACCCACACUUCAAAUGGGACUACUGCGGCUCCAAGAUGGAGAGACUGGCAUUGGAAGGCGUGGGCCAGGCUCCUUGGAUUGUCAUCUCCACGGAGUGCUGUGAGCACUCCAAGGUGGAGUACCUUAGAUCCAAAGGUGGCAAUGUCAUAGAGAUGGAGCUGAACAACGGGUUGAUAGACCUCAGGCUCCUGUUCACCAGGCUCAAGCAGCUGGGAAUCGACAGCUUGAUGGUGGAAGGAGGCGCAAAGAUCAUCAACAGCCUUCUACAGACUACGCCUACGCUUAUCGACAGCUUAAUAAUCACCAUUGGACCUGUAUUUCUGGGCCAGAAUGGCGUGCAAGUGUCACCAGCGUCCAAAGUGCAACUGAAGAACGUUACAUGGUGGACUGGAAUAACAGAUUCGGUCAUGUGUUGCAACCUUUAA